AUGCCCUCCUCGUUGCGCUCCUCUUCGUCCACUUCGACCUCAUCCUCGUCAACCAACGGCCAACGGCCCUCCUCAACGGCCGGGGGCUCCUCCCAUCGGAGCUCCAAAAGCAGCAGCAGCAGCAGCUGGAAGUCCGAGUACUUGCCCCUAUCCCGAGACAAAGGCCUGCCGCUGAGGUUCAUCGCCUACGCCGCGGGCGCCUCGCUGCCGACGACGGUGAAGAAGAUGACGAGGACGGAGACCAAGGACAACGACAAGCAGGCAAGUGGUGGCCCCAGGUGGGACUUUUUCGGGCGCGACACGCAGCUGUUCUGGGUCGUUGUGCCAGAGGACCGGCAGAACAAGAAGAAGCGCGGCCGGAGCAGGACGUCGAGGGAGAGAAGCACCACCGCCACCCAGCAGAGGAGUCAAUCUGCGGCUUCGUCCCAGGCGGCGCCGCCGGAGCUCAACUUUCCCCCUGAGGCGGCGGCAUCGUCUUCUCGCGCACCACCAUGGACAGGGGGGUCAAUGACGGGCAUGGUGCCUCCUCAAGCUUCUGGUCUUCCGGGGUAUGGUCAGCCAAAACCUGCUGCUGGCUUUCCGUUUGGCAUUCCUCCGGUGGUGAAUCUGCCUGGAGGGAGUUCGAUGCCGUCUUUUCGAAGGAAACAGACUUGUUGA